GACAUCCGCCGGGGCUGCCCCGCGGGCGUGGGCUGUCCCCAGCCUCCAAGGCUGAUACAUCCUCCUUUUCCCUACGUGUCAGAUCCCUGAGCCACGCUCGCAGAUCUGACACGGCAAGCCCACGGCAUGAUUUGGCAAUGAGGGCGCGUUCGUGAUUUGUUUCCUCCGCGAGAGACUUUUACCAGUCAGGACCCCUCGCAGUGGCCGCCGCUCAUUUCUGCCCCUGAAGAUGCUCCGAGUUAGCCACAAGGAAGAGGGAAGGUGAUACUUGGAUAAUCAUGGGUCAAACCGGAAAAAAAUCUGAGAAGGGACCAAUUUGUUGGCGAAAACGUGUAAAAUCAGAAUAUAUGAGACUGAGGCAGCUCAAGAGGUUCCGACGUGCUGAUGAAGUAAAGAGUAUGUUUAAUUCUAAUCGUCAGAAGAUACUGGAAAGAACUGAAAUCUUAAAUCAAGAAUGGAAACAACGUAGGAUACAGCCUGUUCACAUCAUGACUUCUGUGAGCUCAUUGCGCGGGACCAGGGAGUGCUCUGUUACCAGUGACAUUGAUUUUCCAAAACAAGUCAUCCCACUGAAGACUCUCAAUGCUGUUGCUUCUGUGCCUAUAAUGUAUUCUUGGUCUCCCCUUCAACAGAAUUUUAUGGUAGAGGAUGAAACUGUUUUACAUAACAUUCCUUAUAUGGGAGAUGAAGUGCUUGACCAGGAUGGUACCUUUAUUGAAGAACUGAUCAAGAACUAUGAUGGGAAAGUGCAUGGAGACAGAGGUGAGCCCAAACACUCAGAAUGUGGAUUUAUCAAUGAUGAAAUAUUUGUUGAGUUGGUCAAUGCCCUUGGUCAAUAUAGUGAUGAUGAAGAUGAUGAUGAUGGAGAUGACAAUCCUGAUGAAAGAGAUGACAAGCAAAAAGAUCGGGAAGGUAACAGAAUGGAGAAAGAAACCCACCCACCUCGGAGAUUUCCUUCUGAUAAGAUAUUUGAAGCCAUUUCCUCAAUGUUUCCAGACAAGGGUACAGCAGAAGAAUUGAAAGAGAAAUACAAAGAACUGACUGAGCAGCAGCUUCCUGGAGCUCUUCCUCCUGAGUGCACACCGAACAUAGAUGGACCAAAUGCUAAAUCUGUUCAGAGGGAGCAAAGCCUGCACUCUUUUCACACACUGUUCUGUAGACGCUGUUUUAAAUACGAUUGCUUCUUACAUCCAUUCCAUGCAACUCCCAAUACUUAUAAACGAAAGAAUACAGAAACAGCAUUAGAUAAUAAGCCUUGUGGACCUCACUGUUACCAACAUUUGGAAGGCGCCAAGGAGUUUGCGGCUGCCCUGACCGCGGAGCGCAUCAAGACCCCGCCGAAGCGGCCCGGCGGCCGCCGGAGGGGGCGGCUCCCCAACAACACCAGCAGGCCCAGCACGCCCACCAUAAACGUUCUGGAGUCGAAGGACACGGACAGCGAUCGGGAGGCUGGCACUGAAACCGGCGGGGAAAACAAUGAUAAAGAGGAGGAAGAAAAGAAAGAUGAAACCUCCAGUUCCUCUGAAGCAAAUUCUAGGUGUCAAACACCAAUAAAGAUGAAACCAAAUAUUGAGCCUCCUGAGAACGUGGAAUGGAGUGGUGCAGAAGCUUCAAUGUUUAGAGUUCUUAUUGGCACCUACUAUGACAACUUCUGUGCAAUUGCCAGACUGAUUGGGACCAAAACAUGCAGACAGGUGUAUGAGUUUAGAGUAAAGGAAUCUAGUAUUAUUGCACCAGUCCCUGCUGAAGAUGUUGAUACUCCUCCCAGAAAGAAGAAAAGGAAACACAGGUUGUGGGCUGCUCAUUGCAGAAAGAUACAGCUGAAAAAGGUUUACAGCUCUGAAUACUCAAAGCAGCUGAGCAGUGGCAGAACGAGGUGCACUAGGAAGGCAGAUGGGUCAUCGAAUCACGUUUACAACUAUCAGCCAUGUGAUCACCCACGUCAGCCUUGUGAUAGCUCAUGCCCAUGUGUAAUUGCUCAAAACUUCUGCGAGAAGUUUUGUCAGUGCAGCUCAGAAUGCCAAAAUCGUUUUCCUGGGUGUCGUUGUAAAGCACAAUGCAACACCAAGCAGUGCCCCUGUUACCUGGCUGUCCGUGAGUGUGAUCCUGACCUCUGCCUCACUUGUGGAGCAGCUGACCACUGGGACAGCAAAAAUGUUUCUUGCAAGAACUGCAGCAUUCAGAGAGGAUCCAAAAAACAUUUACUAUUGGCACCUUCAGAUGUGGCAGGCUGGGGAAUUUUUAUCAAAGAUCCUGUACAGAAGAAUGAAUUCAUCUCUGAGUACUGUGGUGAGAUUAUUUCUCAGGAUGAGGCAGACAGAAGAGGAAAAGUGUACGACAAAUACAUGUGCAGCUUUCUGUUUAACUUGAAUAAUGAUUUUGUGGUUGAUGCAACACGCAAGGGCAACAAAAUUAGAUUUGCAAACCAUUCAGUAAAUCCCAACUGCUAUGCAAAAGUUAUGAUGGUUAAUGGCGAUCACAGAAUAGGAAUAUUUGCUAAAAGAGCCAUUCAGACUGGUGAAGAACUGUUCUUUGACUACAGAUAUAGCCAAGCUGAUGCCCUUAAGUAUGUGGGCAUUGAAAGAGAAAUGGAAAUCCCUUGACACCAGCUACCUCUUCUUUUAAACAAACAGCUGCCUUAUCUUCAGGAAUUUCUAGUACUGUGGGCAAUUUUAGAAAAAUAAAAAUGAUGCAAUUUGAAAUUCUGUAUUUGCAAAGUACUGUAACAGUAAUUUAUAGUAACAAAUUUUAAAAAAAACCAACUUUUUAUUGCCUUCUCACCAGCUGCAAAGUGUUUUGUACCUAUGAACUUUUGCAAUAAUGUGGUGUGGUACAUUUUUCAACCUUGAAUAAAGGAUACUUGAACUUCUUCAUUUUUA